UCAAGAAGGCGUCCAUCAAAACAAUAACAAGAGUGGAAAUUAAAUUUUGCACUGCUGUCGAAAAUUCCGUAUUAUGCCGAUGAUCCCCUUCUUUCCCAGUCUCAAGGUCUCAGUGGCCAAUCGCUAUUGGCUUGACAUGGCGCCAGCAUCCGUUAUCGAGGAGGCGCAGACCAGGCGCUACGAGGACGAACGCAGCAACUGGCGUGAGUCCCUCAAAACUGCUGGGACAGACUUGCAGCCUUUGGGCAAGAUGCUGACGAUACCGGGCAUCGAGACGGAUGAUGAAGAUGCCAACGACGACAGCGAGGACACGGACAGUCACGACGAGGAGGAUGACGAGACCAACGAUCGGGUCAUUCCAGUUACUCAAGACUUUUAUACGCCCGAAGAUGUAGAUGAAUAGGCGACUACGACCCCGUGCCCCUUGAAGUUAAUGCAAAGGCAGAAGCGUUAGUGGAUACACAAUUAACUAUUUAUUUUUGCGUUACACACGUUCCCUUUAAAACUGUAAUAAUAUAUUUUGUUUACUGUAAGCUUAAAUAAAUUAAAACAUUGUAAGCAAAUCGG